CACAGAAUUCCAUUCGACAAUGGAAUCAAGUUUCAUAAUUCCAUGUCUUCUUCUACUUCUCUUGCAGUUUCUUUGUCUCGCCGCCGGCCAACUAAAUUAUUUCCCCAUUUUCCGAUGCAGAGACGACGGUAAUUUCACGAGAAACUCCACAUACGAAGCAAACCUCAAAACCGCCUUCGCUUCCCUCUCCGCCACCGCAGCAACAGGCUACGGUUUCUACAAUACCUCCGCCGGCGUAAGUCCAAACGCCGUCACCGCCAUCGCUCUCUGCCGCGGCGACGUUGGAUCGGAAACCUGUAGGGAUUGUAUCAGAAACUCAAUCGUCCUGCUAAGACAGAACUGUGCUAACCAGUUAGAAGCCUUAAUUUGGAGCUCGAGUUGUUCAGUACGCUAUUCAAAUCGUACUUAUACUUCAGUUGUCGAUGUUCGACCUAACGCCAGAGUGUCGAGCUCCAUUAAUGCAUCGGACAUUGACGUUUUCGAUAAGGCGUUGAGAAAUUUAGAAGGAAGAUUACGGGUGGAAGCUGCAGGAGGAAAUUCCCUUCGGAAGUUUGCAACCGGAGAUGUUGGUUUCGGGCCAGAUUCGUCGAAGAUUUACGCUCUGAUGCAAUGUUCGCCGGAUUUAUCUUCUUUUGACUGCAAUUCGUGCUUGUCGGUUGUGUAUAGGGAAUCUCAAGGCUGCUGCGAUGGCGAAAUUGAUGUCGGUGUAUUUUAUCCGAGUUGUUGCGUUAGGUAUUCAAAUGUAUCGUUUUUUAAUGAUCCUCCGGCAAUCAAGCUGCCGUCUCCGCCUCCAUCUUCAUCAGAAUCGCCGACAAUUACAGGAGGAACACGAAAGUCAUCAAAGAAUAUUUACGUCAUCGUUCCUGUUGCAUGUGUUUUGGGUGGGAUACUCAUAAUCGGGUUAUGUUUAUUUAUAAAAAGAAGGCGAAAGAAUAAUAUUAAAGAUGCUUCUGCUACCAAAAAAGAAAGUGGGACUGCGUUUUCGUCUCUAGUUAUGAGCGAAAACCAAAACAACAGCGCUAAUUUAGCACAAGCUGGGUCAGCUGAAAUGGAAAUGGGUGUAGUAGGAUCUUUACAAUUCGAUUUGGUCACCAUUGAAGCAGCCACCAAUAGUUUCUUUGAUGGAAACAAAAUUGGUCAAGGCGGCUUUGGUCCAGUUUAUAAGGGUGUUCUAGAGAAUGGGAUGGAGGUGGCAGUAAAGAGACUAUCAAAAUCAUCUGGACAAGGGUUUUGCCUUGAUGUGGAUGAAAAAUUACUCAUCUAUGAAUACGUAUCCAACAAAAGCCUCGACUACUUUCUAUUCAAUCCAAACAGACAUGGGCAGUUAGAUUGGCCGAAACGAUAUAAAAUCAUAGGAGGGAUCACUAGAGGAAUGCUUUAUUUACAUGAAGAUUCUCCAAGGAUAGUUGGAGUGGGUCAAACUGAAGUAAACACCAAUCGAAUUGUCGGAACAUAUGGUUACAUGUCCCCCGAGUAUGCAAUGCACGGACAUUUUUCUGUGAAGUCGGAUGUAUUUGCUUUUGGCGUUGUGGUUCUUGAAAUCAUCACUGGGAAGAGAAGUUCACGCUUUUAUAAUGAAGAUGAUCACCAAGAUCUUUCACAUUUUGCUUGGAAAAGCUGGAUUGAUGGAAGAGCAAUGGAGCUUAUGGAUCCAACAAUAGUCGAAACUUGCUCUGAAGAUGAAGUUAUGAGAUGCAUCAACAUUGCGUUGCUAUGUGUACAAGAAGAUGUGGAUGCAAGGCCUUCAAUGGCUUAUGUUUUAAACAUUCUUAACAAUUACUCCAUCUCUCUUCCAAUUCCCACAAGAACUCCACAGUAUCUUCCUAAAAGACAUGGCUCAUUUUCUUCAAAUAGCAACUCUGUUUCUAAGUCAACGGAUGAAUCACUGAUCACUAAUGUAUAUGCACGGUAACAGUUACUUGCAAGUUUUUUACCAUCAAUUCAUGCC